AUGCCAUUUGUUGAGGAAAUAAGUAGAGGAUCGGAUCCAAAUAUUUACUUUUCGUCUUCUAUAAAUCUAAAAUACACUAGUAGCCAUCGAUAUAAAAAAUUUUCAACCAGUAAUAGUCGAAAGAGAUUUAAGCCUGGCGCUUAUAAUCUUCAGAAUUUACAACUCCAAAAUGAAAAUGAAAAUGAAAAAAUUCUAAGUGGAAUUGACAACAAUAAUGAGAACAAAAAUGAGGAAGUGAAUUAUAACGAGUUUGAAAAUUUAAUUGAGGAAAGACAGUCAAAUAAGAGACUUCAAGAAUUAAAUAAAGAGAAUUAUAACGAAUCAUCAUUCAAGCUUGAGCUACCCAAAUCCGGAUUGAAUAUUUCGUUUAAAAAUUUUAAUAAAUCAUCAUAUCCGAAUUUUGAUUUAAUGUCAUAUUCCAAUCAAGUUAAAAAUCAAGAUCAAUAUCAAACUAAGAAAGUAAGGCAGGGGUUGACAGCCAAUACAAGAAAAAUCCUAAGUUCAAGAAAGACGUUGAGUAAUUAUAUUGAUGAAGAAGACAGUCCUGAAAUCAAAAAAUUAUUAUUUGAUGAGAAAAAUUCGUCGAUUUAUCCUAAAAGAAAUUUCUACAAUUUGCCAGGUAAAAAAUUGUGCUCCAUUUGUGGAAGCAGUGCCAUGACGAAAUGUGUGAAAUGCAAUUCAAGAUAUUGUUCGGUAAAAUGUUAUGAUGUUCAUAAUGAAACCCGAUGUUCUAACUAUUAA